CAUGUAUUUAAUUAUUCAAUUUUGAGUUAUCUGGCCCUCCAUAAACUGUCUUUAAUAUGUUGUCAUAAUUCUAGCAUUCAAGAAAAUACUGGAAUGUAAUGUAAAAUAUUUUAACAGAAUCUUUAAUGCUAUAGUCUGUUAAUACAUAUUUAUGUAAUUUAGUUUCCUUAUUUUUAUAUUUUAUUAUUAGAUUACAAACGUAAUUUUUUGCAUUAGAAUUUAUGUGUUAAUUAAGAAAUCUUUAAAAGCUGCACGUGCAUUUUAAUUUACAAUAUUCUUUAAUGUAAUCUUCAUAAAUGCAUUUUUGCUAAAUAUAACUUAAAUAUAUAGUUACUUUUGUAUUGUAAAUAAGUAAAUAAUUAAAUACAAAUAGUAUUUGAGUCGUCAUCUUUUACAUUACCACUGCAGAACAAUGCGACUCUGAUUAUGAGCAUUAAAAGUCAGAAGCGCAUAUUAUCAUUGCGGCCGCAGGGUGGCGCUCUCCGCCAACAUCCCACUCAAACCAGCCCACAGAUAACGCUCCAGUAUUUUGAGAUGCUGGUCGCAAGACCGAUCGUUCGGUUGCAUUAUUCGAGAAAUUAGACGCAAACGCUCAUCUUUGCGCUCUGACUGUUUUAGGCGUCCCGCGAUCCUCCGAAACGUCACCUCGCCGCCGCGCGGAUGCUCUCGCGCGCCUGGAAUAAACACCGCAUCAUCUCCCGCCCGCGAGCGCACAGCGAAUGAAUGAACGGACGAGGCGAGCGAUGCUGCGCUUCGCCUGGGAGGGGUAACGCUAGCAGCUUUUGUUACAAUAACGAACUCGGCGCGGCGCUAAGAUGUUCCCGUCGUGCUAUUCCAAGCCCAAAAAUGGCUCUCAGUUCAAGAUGUCUUACACUAAAGUGAUUUUCGGGGUGUUGGUGGUGUAUGUCCUCCAUACGUGCUGGGCCAUAUACGGCUUCAUUCACACCAAACCCUGUGACGGCUCUAAAGGGGACAGCUGCGUUACAUCUUACCUCACUGUCAAGCCUCGACUUCAGCUCAGUAUCUAUUCCGCUCUGGACCCCGGCGAUGAAACUGGAUACAACCUACUGUUCAGAGUGGACAAAUUUGACAUUCACGCCAAGUUUGAAAGGAAGGCGAGUGUCGCAGUUCCCGAGAUGACCCAUGACAAUGGGACGGUCCAUGCUGUGGUGUUUGUGCACAAGAGUGGAGUUUUGCCUUGGAAAGACAGUAGACACGUGCGGCUUGUGGCACGUCUUACCUCUCAAAUGGUGCCUCUUCAGUCUGGCGGUCGUGAGGCACCAGAAAGGCAGCAGAUUGUUUCAUACUGGAGAUCACGACUUACCUUGAAUGUAAUGAAUGAAGACUUCACCUUCAACAGCGCUUCGGUGCCCAGCGACCUUCGCCGCUAUAUGAAAAUAGUUGAAGAUGGAAAAAAGGAGAAAAAGAAAUUUUAUCUGCCACUGCUACUGGUUGAUGAACUAAGAAGCAGAUUACAUGACUUAAUAGAGAUGAACAGCACCACAAAAGCAGUCCCUCUGACAAUAUCAUAUGACACCAUUACCUUACGCAAGUUCAGAAUAUGGAUCCACAUACAAGCUGUCAUAUACUCACUCAAACAUUUUGGCUUUUCGGAGCAGAAUCUCGAUGAAAUUAAAGCCAUGUUUGUUGAGAGUGGGCUACACGUCUUGGCUUUGUCCGUUCUGGUUCCUGCAUUCCAUCUAUCGUUCGAAAUCUUUGCCUUCAAGAACGACAUAAGGUUCUGGCGAGAAAAGAAGAGUUUACAGCUGGGGAAUAAUGUGUGCUGUGAUAAUUUUGUGUGGAGAUGUUUCAGCACCUUCGUGAUAUUCCUCCAUCUACUAGAAGAACAAUCCAGCUGGCUGAUUCUUCUUCCCACUGGGAUCUCGGCUCUAAUUGAGUUAUGGAAAGUGAAAAAGGUCUUAGCGCUUUCACCCAAAUUUCAUGAUGAACGAAUGGACGAUUUCGAGCGAGCAACAGAAGACUAUGAUUCCAAGGCAAUGAAGUUCUUGUCAUAUCUGAUGUAUCCGCUGUGUAUCAGUGGGGCCAUAUAUUCAUACUUAUAUCUCCAAAAUAAAAGUUGGUAUUCUUGGAUAACAAAUGGCCUUAUUAGUGGUGUUUAUGCGUUUGGAUUUCUGUCAAUGGUUCCUCAGUUAUUCAUCAACUAUAAGUUAAAAUCGGUGGCCCAUCUGCAGGUGUCCAUUUUUAUGUAUAAGGGCUUGAACACAUUUAUCAGUGACAUGUUCAGUGGAGUAAUAACCACUCCUGGACCCCAUCAGUUGGCGUGUUUCAGAGAUGAUGUGGUCUUCCUCAUCUACCUUUAUCAGCGCAGGAUUUACCCGGUGAACAAGGCCAGGUCACGUGAUUACGGGGCACUGCACAGGAAGAAACCCAAAGGAAAGCCACACGAAGACUAACCCUCCGAAGAGUUCUCUGCUUGCGCUCUCCAUGCAUGCAAUACAGGAGAAACGUUACGGAAACUAAAGAAGGGCAUUACGGCCGCUGGACGUUCUCUUUGUGUAUCCUUGUAAUGAGCCUGCCUCCUGCUGUCUGCUGCGACAUCCGACAGAGCUGCACGUACAGUACACUCGCGUCCACUCGAACAAGCCAGACCUGAAGGGAUCAGCAGCGCACACCUGCUUUAGACUAAAUCCGUGUGUAAUAUUCACUCAGGCCGAUCCAACCGACAGUUAGAAAGCGACGUAAGCUCUGAAGGAAACUACAGCGACGCCCACCUGUGCUUUUAUAACCUUUGAAUUGAAUGACUGCAAUGCAAUACCUACGACCACCGCAUCUACGUUACCGUUUUCAAACAUUCCGAUUUAACGGCCGCUUGCUGUUUUUGAACGGAAAAGCACUUUCCACGGAUUCGGAAAGAUAUUUCGAGUUAGCCGCUUUGCAUUUAUUUCCGUUUCGCACUUAAGCGGGAAACGACUAACUUUUGUCACGUGCACUAUUUGGUCUUGUUUAUUACAAAAGCAUCAUUUUUCUUGAAAACACAACGCCUGUUUGACCAUGCCCGGGUUUCUUUUGUCUCCUAAAACAUGUUUUAAUUAAAGUUUGACGAUACAA